AUGACCAUCUCGGCCGUGAUCAUGGAUGAUGCACGCGGCGAUCCAUCCGCGUCAAGCGUCGCGAGAACCGGGUACCGUGGUACCCAGGUUCUGGCUGACGGUGUAUUUGCCCGGCUGCUAGCUUACGAGUUUGCUGUGCGCGUUGUUGCAGGGCGCUGCGACAAGGCAAGAGGCCCGGAGCGAAAGGCCUGGCUAGUCGGGGCCAGCCGGGCUUUUGUUGCCGCUGCCGAUCCCAGUCUGGAGUCGAGCCCGUGUAUGUCCGGCUAUUCACCCCCCGAUGUGAUCUUGAGGAGCAUCGUGCAGUUUGUGCUCUACCGGGCAUCGUCGACGCUGGCCCGAAGUCGCGUGCCCGCUGCCUCCUGCCUCGGCCUGGCUGACGAGGGAGAGAGCAAGGACGAAGAAGUUCCUUUUGAAAGCGCACCCUCCCUCAAGGGUAAAAGGGCGGCCAUUGCUCCAGUGCUUGGGCUAAUCGCGCCGCUCAAGGACGAGCCAGACGGCAUGGUUGGGUCGGAAUCAAAGGCUGAGGCGCUGGCGACGGCUUGUGUGCCAGCCCGGAGGGAGAACAACUUGUUAUGA